AUGAAGUCUACCAACGUCAAGAUGCUCCUCGCCGGAGGCGCGCUCUCCUCCAGCGCCCUCGCCCAGACUCCAGUAACAGGCGACUUCACCGUCCUCGCCAUGAACGUUGCGGGACUCCCCGAAAUCCUUCAAUCCAACGACGUCCCCGGAGACAAGACGACCAACGCCAGAACAAUUGGUUCAUUGUUCGCCAAAUACAACUACGACAUCAUCAAUGUCCAAGAGGACUUUAAUUACCACGCCUAUAUCUAUGAAACCGACAAACACCCGCACCGCACAGCCACGUCCGGUGGCGUGCCCUUCGGCUCCGGUCUUAACACCCUCUCCAACUACGACUGGGUGGAAUUCGAGCGAGUCAAGUGGGACACUUGCUCCAACGCCUCGGGUGCAGACUGCCUCACCCCCAAGGGCUUCACUUUCCUCCGCGCCCGCAUCGCAGAGGGCAUCUAUGUAGACGUGUACAACCUGCACACGGAUGCCGGCACCGAGGCGGACGACCUGAAGGCCCGCAACAGCAACCUGCGCCAGGUCGCAAACUACAUUGACAAGACGAGCGCCGGCAACGCCGUGUUGGUGUUCGGCGACACCAACAGCCGUUACACGCGCACGUCUGACGAGAUCGAGCUCUUCAACAGCCAAAACGGCCUGACGGAUGCCUGGCUGCAGCUCGAGCGCGGCAACCAGGUGCCCACCCAGGAGACCAUCUGCUCGAACCCCAGCACGACCAACUACUGCGAGACGGUCGACAAGAUCUUCUACCGCAGCAGCCCCGUGAUCGACCUGAAGGCCACCUUUUUCAACUACGAGAGCAGCAAGUUCCUCCAGCCCAACGGCGACAUCCUGUCGGACCACAACCCCAUCACGGCCAACUUCACCUGGACCCUGUCGACGGCGCUGCGUCAGUCCGACUUCUCCGGCGGCCCGCACGGCGAUUGGUUCUCCGACCUGCCGACGCUGGCCGCCAAGAAGAGCCCCAAGGCCUCGGUGCUCACGUUCCGCGGCCAGAACCGCCUCGACUCCGUCGGUCUGACCCUCGCUGACGGCACCCCCUUCAAGCACGGCGGCACCGGCGGCACCGAGGCCACGCUGACGCUGGGCGCCACCGAGUACUGGACCAGCGCGAAGCUGUGCUGGGGCCAAAAGGACGGGCGCACGCGCAACUUCUACAUCGAGGCCACCACGAGCACCGGCCGUACCCUCAAGUCAGGCACCUCGACCUCGGACUGCGCGACUCACACCGCCCCCGAGGGAUUCCAGAUCGUCGGCUUCAUGGGACGUGGCGGGGAUGAGGUUGACAAGUUGGCAUUUGUCUACGGGACAAAGUAA